AGCCGCGCCCUCGCCCGCUCGGCGAUCGGCAGCGGCAAGAGCAGCAGCAGCCGCCCGAUCCCGGCUCCGUCCAUUUCAAUCCCGAAGGAGCGGAGCGGAGAAGCGCCGGGCAGCUGCAGAGAGGCCUACAGAAGAUGACGGAGUACAAGCUUGUCGUCGUUGGGGCUGGUGGCGUGGGCAAGAGCGCGUUGACAAUUCAGCUCAUCCAGAACCAUUUUGUAGAUGAAUACGAUCCUACAAUAGAGGAUUCUUACAGGAAGCAAGUGGUCAUUGAUGGCGAAACCUGCCUGUUGGAUAUUCUGGACACAGCUGGCCAGGAAGAAUACAGUGCGAUGCGCGACCAGUACAUGAGAACGGGGGAGGGUUUUUUGUGCGUAUUCGCCAUAAACAACACCAAAUCGUUUGAAGAUAUCCAUCAUUACAGGGAGCAAAUCAAGCGAGUAAAGGAUUCCGAAGACGUGCCCAUGGUGCUAGUCGGCAACAAAUGCGACUUGCCCUCCAGGACUGUAGACACCAAGCAGGCUCAGGAUUUAGCAAGAAGUUACGGGAUCCCCUUCAUCGAAACCUCUGCAAAGACACGACAG